AUGACAAUAUUUCGUUCAUUUGUAGCUAUUUACAUCCAUUGUAAUGGUCACGUGCUGAAUUUAUGUUUGGUCGAUGUCUCAUCAGCUAUUGUACCAAUUCGGAAUAAUUUCGGUGUCGUUCAAGCUCUUUAUAAUGUGAUUGAAGGAUCAGCUAAACGUCAUCAUGUAUUUGAAGAUGUACAAAAACAAGCUGGAUUGAAACCAUUUGUUAUGAAACGAGUAUGCGAUACUCGUUGGACUUGUCGAUCGGAAUGUUUAAAUGUUGUACUUAAUCGAUAUUCAGAAAUACUCGAUGCUCUGGAAACACUUGACAAUGGACACGGACUUAUCAUGUUGAAUACAAUUAAAAGAUUGGAUUUUAUUUUUCAUUUACUUAUUAUGUAUGAAAUAUAUUCAAUAACAAAUAUACUAUCGAAAUAUUUGCAAUAUUCGAACAUUUCGUUAACUAGUGCACUAGUUCAUGUAAGACUAACAAUUGAAACAUUAACAACAUUACGAACAGAAUCGAAAUUCGAAGAAUUUUGGAGGAAAACUAUCGAUAUUUGUGAAGCUAAUGAUAUUGAUGAUCAAAUCGAAAUCCGAAAAAGAAAAAUUCCAGCAAAGUUGGGAGGUGGUUAUGUAAUUCCAGAUAAUUUUUCAAUUAAAGAUAAUUAUCGUGUAAAUUCAUAUUUUGCAGUCACUGAUAAGAUAAUGACUGCCAUUGCCAACAGAUUUGAUGAAAAUAAUGUUGAUAUUGUCGUCCUAUGUGAAAAAUUAUUUUUGACGAAAGAUUUACUUUCGUCUGAUGAAAUUCGACAAUUAACUACAUUUUAUGAAUUGAAUUACAACGACUGCAAAAGUGAACAAUUAUUAUACAAAACAGCAAUUAACCAACAACAAACAAUGAACAUGGAUAUCAAGUCGAUUACAAAGUUUUUUCUUCAAAAAAGUUUCCAUCUCGUGCUACCAACUAUGAAUGAAUUACUUCGGAUUCUAUGGACAAUUCCAGUAAACGUCUGUGAAUGUGAAAGAAGUUUCUCAUGUUUACGACGCUUAAAAACUUAUUUGAGAAACACAAUGGAUCAAGAACGUUUGUCUGCUCUUGCGUUGAUUCAUAUUGAGAGAAACAUCACCAUUGAUAUUGAUGAAAUUGUAACAAAGUUUGUUAUGAAGAACGAAACUCGAAAAAUACAAUUUUCUCAAUAA